AUGGCCGCCGUCUUGCCCAGUCCCAUUACGACGACUGGGUAUGCACCGCAUCCGACCAACAAGAUGAAAGCCGCCCGGUGGAUGGGCACUCGUGAGGUUGAAGUCGGGCUCGUCCCAAAGCCCACCAUCACCGACCCGAGCGAUGCCAUUGUUCAAGUCACUCACUGCACGAUCUGCGGCUCCGAUCUGCACAUGUACGAAGGCGAGUUGAACGACGCUAUGCGCAAGGGCGACAUCCUAGGACAAGAAGCCAUUGGACUCGUUGAGGAAGUUGGGCCUAAAGUGAAGAACGUCAAGCCUGGCGACCGAGUUAUUAUCCUGCCGGUGAUCGCAUGUGGGAACUGCGACUACUGCCAGCGUCAGGAAUACUCUCUGUGCGAUGUCAGCAACCCUUCUCUAGAGAUGGAAGCUCUGUACGGACACCGACUUUCCGGGAUCUUGGGCUACAGCCGCCUCUGUGGCGGAUAUCCUGGCGACCAGGCCGAGUACUGCCGUGUGCCGAAUGCCGACCUGACCUGCGUUAAGGCGCCACUAGAUGUUGAUGCACGGAAGUUGCUGGGCCUAGCGAAUGUGAUCACCUCAGCAUGGCAUGCGCUAGAGCUGGCGGAAGUUGGGUCCGGGGAUAUCAUCGGCGUUUGGGGCUGUGGACCCGUGGGCUUGUCCGUUCAACGGUUGGCCAAGUUACGUGGGGCCAAGAAGAUCUAUGCCAUGGACAAGGAUCCGCAGCGACUCCGCCUGGCCGAGGACUUUGGCAUGACUCCGGUGGACGUGACGGCGCAUCCGGAAGUUGGGGAGUAUCUGCUCUCCAUCCAGCCGGGGGGCUAG